CUGUGUCUCUGAGUACACCAGCAAAUACAAAUACUGUGGCAAUACAAAUAAGAGGACAGUGGAGGAAGCACAGGACCUCGGGGAAAUAUUUGAUUGAAAUAAAAAAAAACACCGCUGACGGACUUCCUUGUGGUCAUGACUGGAUGGAAAUGGGUACACCGAUAUUCUUAUAGUCAUCAACCCAGCUGUGCCAGAGAAUGAAGACAUUAUAAAUCAAACCAAGGGAAUGAUUACUCAUGGAUCAGAAUAUCUGUUUCAAGCUUUAGACAACAAGGUGUUCAUCAAGGAGGUGAAAAUACUUGUACCACCAAACUGGACAAAGGGAAAGUAUGAAAAAGCAAAAACAGAAACCUUUAAUAAGGGUAAAAUAAGAAUUGACAACCCACAUCCUGCAUUUGGUGAUGAUCCAUACACUCACCAAACGAAAGGUUGUGGAAAUGAAGGUGAAUACAUACAUUUCACCCCAAACUUCUUGUUAAACAACAAUCUUCUAAAAGGAUAUGGACCUAGAGGAAGGGUUUUUGUACAUGAAUGGGCUCAACUCAGAUGGGGGGUAUUUCAUGAAUAUAAUAAGAAAAAGCCCUUUUAUGUGUCUGCUGGCCAGAUUCUACCAACAAGGUGUACUGAUAAGAUUUCUGGCCAGUGGUAUGAAAUUGUUAAUCAAAGACCUCGACCUUGUGAGUUUGAUUCAGAUGGCCUACCCGCAUCCAACUGUGAAUUCCUUCCAGACGCCAUGCAAAGUGCCAAUGCCUCAAUAAUGUACAUGCCAAGCAUAGAUUCUGUAAGAGCAUUUUGUCAAGAAGAGGACCACAACAAUGAGGCCCCCAAUGAACAGAAUGAAAAAUGUUCAAAAGCAACACGUACAGUAAUCUUUCAGGACUCGGUAGACAAAGAUGCCCUUCGAAUUUUAAAGCCUCUUUCAGUUGUUCCACCACCUCCAACAUUUAAAGUCAUACAAAGAGGACCUCGAGUCGUCUGUCUUGUCCUUGAUGUCUCAGGAAGCAUGGGUGGGCCAAGAAUAACACUACAAAGGCAAGCAGCUACCGUUUUUUUAAACCAGAUUAUAGAAGAACAACAAUUUGUGGGUAUUGUGACUUUUAGUUCUGAAGCUCAAAUUCUAAGCCCACUGACAAUAAUAGAUGGACAAGCCUCAAGAGACAAUCUAAUUAGGAAGUUGCCCACGAUUGCAAGUGGAGGGACAUAUAUUUGUAAAGGACUCAGAAAAGGAUUUGAGGUUCUUCAAACAGAUGAUGGAAAAACAAUUGGAGAUGAAAUAAUUUUAUUGACAGAUGGGGAAGCAAGUGAUAAUGUUCAGGACUGUUUGCCAGAAGCUAUUCAAAGUGGUGCAGUAAUGAACACUAUAGCAUUUGGUCCAAACGCAGACAAUGUACUAAGGACCAUGGCAGAUCAAACAGAUGGCAAGUUUAUAGUUGCCGAAGUGUCUAUACUUUCCACCCAACUUGUGGAUGGCUUUUCCUCAUUGACAAUGUCUGAUGGAAAUUCCUUCACACAGCCAAUACAGAUUGAAAGCACUGGAAAGAGUGUUAAGGACUGGUUCAAUGGAACAGUUCCCAUUGACCGAACUGUGGGAAACCGCACCACCUUUACAAUAAUUUAUGGAAUGAGUGCACCCAUUGUGAAUAUCGUGUCACCAAGUGGUUUGGUUUACAAGCAAACAAACACAACUGACAUUGCUUACACAAUCACUUUAACUGUUCCAGGAACAGCAGAGACAGGUGAAUGGAAAUACAGCUUCUUCAAUAAAGGAGCCACUGUUCAGCAAAUGAGUUUAUUAGUAAUUAGUCGGGCAGCUCAUAAAGAUGUUCACCCAGUCACUGUUACAGCCAGAAUGAACCAGCAGACCAGUGAUGGCACCAAACCAAUGGUUGUGUUGGCUGAGGUCAGUCAGAAUUAUAAUCCUGUGUUGGGUGCCAGUGUUUGGGCAAACCUGGAGUCAGAUACUGGGCACUCAGAAAGACUUCAGCUUCUUGAUAAUGGUGCAGGAGCUGAUGCAUUCAAAGAAGAUGGCGUCUAUUCAAGAUAUUUCACAACGUUAAAACGUGGAAAAUACAGUCUGAAAGUGAGAGUGGAAAAUCAACAUGGAGAAGGGCAGUUUUCUCCUGACAGUUACAGUGGUGCUCUUUAUGUAGCUGGAUAUAUUGUGGAUGGUAAAGUGGAAUUAAACCCUCCGAAGCCCCCAGUAAAUGUGCAGCCAGUGGAUGUGGGCAACUUCACCAGAACAGUAACUGGGGAGAGUUUUGUGGUGGACAGAGAUGCGCCUCCAAACUUCCCUCCAAACAAGAUUACAGACCUACGUGCAGAAAUCCAGGAAGACACUGUGCUUCUCAACUGGACAGCCCCUGGUGAGGAUUUUGACCAGGGAACAGCUAAAUCCUAUGACAUCAGAUGGAGUGAAGAUUUGAAGAUGCUUCAAAACAACUUCAGUAGCAAUUAUCUGGUCAACACUUCAUCACUUCUGCCUCAAGUGUCAGGCUCAGCUGAACAGUACACUUUCCAGCCUAAUAUUACAAUUCAAAAUGGCACCACACUUUUCUUUGCUAUUCAGUCAUUGGACAAACAAUUAGCCAAGUCUGAGGUAUCCAACAUUGCUCGAGCAACAAAGUAUGUCCCAAAUCCCAAAUUUUCACCCAUAUCAAAACCAGGCCUGGGUCUACCUGCUAUUGUUGUGUCAGUCUUUCUGGUCAUUAUUAUGCCAUGCUUCAUAUUUGUGGUCAUAACAAGGGCACUGAAACGAAAAAAACAAACAUAAUUGAUGCUUAGGACAUGGUUUAACAUUGUUUAAAGUCUACAUGAACAUUUCAACUUUAAACAAACCGAUUUACUGCUCAUACUGCUUUAGUGUCUCUUCUGACACUCUUCAAAACUAGAUUGAUUCCCACUGGUAUAAUAUCACAGAAAACUCCAAAUUAGAUUGCCAUAAAUGCAGACUAAAUCUAAGUCGAUUUUUUUUUUGCCAUUAAAAUCCUGCUUUACUGCCAGAUUUAUGUUAUGUGAGCAUUUAAGUACAACAUAAGAAAUGUGCCCAAGCUGGAUUAUCACUCAUAUUAUAUAUUUAGAGCUCAGGAUGCUAUAAACUGAAGUUCAUAAGCAGUGGUAAGCACGAAUUAAUACUAAUAAAUAUUAAUUAAAACCAUAAGCAUCUACAGAUGAAAAAAGUAAAAAAAAAGGAAACAGGUCAGUGCCUUUUUUCAUUUAUUUAUCGACCCAAAGUAAACUGCAAACUGUGUUCUGUGAAAAUGACCCAACACAAUUCCAACACUCCUUUUUCCCCACAAUUCCGACUCCUGUUCAAUGGCAUGAGUGAGACUGUUCUUUUAUUCUACAGUGAUGAUCUGUGAAAUUAUUUGCUGAUGUAUCAUAGAAAGUUGAUCUAUUUCUCUUUUUUGUUUUGAUACACAUGUGGUGUCUUCCAUUUUCCUGUUUAAUGCUCUGUAUUUCUUGACUGAUCAUAUACAUAUAAUGUGCAUAUUAGUUAGUAUUUUAAGAAUUUGUCAAAUCAAUUAGUCUGAAAUCUGUUGUAAACAGUAUACAAUGUGUCCAUGUUUUAAUGUUUAGAAAAGAUCUAAAAUCUAAAAAUGUCUUCCAUAUCUGUAAGUUAAAAGUAUCGUUUACUACACACACACACACACACACACACACAUGCACACGCACACACAAACAUUAUAUAGAGUGCAUUCAGAAAAUAUUCAAAUUUCCUUUCACUUUUUUCUGACAUUACAAUUGUUUCAAAUUUUGUUCUCAUUAAUCUACACUUAAUACCCCAUAAUAAAAAUGUGAAAACAGAAUUCUAGAAAUGUCUAAUUCAAAUUAUUAUUAUUAUUAUUUUUGUUUUGUUUGUUUGUUUUGUUUAAUGUUGAAUAUUUUAUGGUGAGAAAACUUAUUCGCAAGUGCAAAAAUAAACAUUCAAGGGAGUUGUUAAUCUUCACAGGCGUGGACAUCACAGCCAUUUAAGACUUUACAGGCCUAACUUAGCAAUAAUGUUAAAUGUGAACAUUCAUGAGAUUACAUUAGAAAAGACUAAACAAUUAGGGUUUGUUUGAAAGAGUUGGAAGGAGAAGGCCUCCACUAUCAGGGUCUGGACAACUUGGGUUGUUUCUUGCUUUGACCACCAGAUGUCACCACUUGCCCCUACUACCUAUGUGUCCCCUGUCCAAUAACUGUUUAAUGUUUCCCAACUGCUCCUCGUUUUCUUUUUGAAUUUAAGUUACCCCUUUUGCUUUGGUUUUUGUCUUGUCUCCUCCAAGUCUCUUGGUGUGUAUGAUCGUUUAACUUUUUUCCUCAUCUCUUUUAAGUCUCUGUGUAAGUGUUUGUGGGUUCUGAUGUUUUGUUGUACCCUUUUCGACUGCCUUAUUUGCUGUGUUUUCCCGAGUCUCUAACUCCUUGUGUUGUGUUUUUCCUGUGUACCUUGUUCUCAAGUUCCCUCUGGUUUAUUUCCUUUUAUUGUUUAGCAGUUAUUCACUUGUUUUGAGUUGGUCUGUCUGGUGUGCCUCCUGUCCCAAGUUUUACCUGUUCAAGUAUAUUUUUGUGCUAGUUAGUUUUUUCUGCUAGUGUUCUUUCUGUGUAGAGAAACUUUUAUUAUUAUCUUGAUCACCUUUUCUGAGCCUCUUGUUUUCCCUGUUUGAGUGCAUUUGUUUGUUCUGUUUUGAGAGUUUUUACUAUUAUAAUUAAACCCACUCUGAUUUUUGGU